AUGACGGCAGAUUCUCAAAGACCGAAGUAUCGCGUUGACUAUCGCUAUGAGAAGGCUUUCGAUGCAUUUUACAAAAUGCACCCAGAGGCGGUGGACUGGUAUCAAGCACGUAUGCGUUGUGAGGCAGAGAAAACCGAACUGUUUGUACCCAGCAACCUAGACGAGGCUGACAGCAUGCCACUGCUCGUAGCUCCCAUACUCACUAAAUAUGAGGGAGUUUACGUGGGUAUACAUGACUUAUUUUCAGAGAGAACGUUCGUUACUAUUAUAGGUAAUUACUUGCAAGACUCAAUAUUAGAAUUAUUGUGGGAACAAAAACAACCUAAGUACAAAGGCGGUCGAUGUGUAGCGGCGCGUCGAAAUGGUCGCCUCUUCGUACACCCGUGUUCUGAAGCACUCCCUUUUGCAUGCAAAAUAAAGGCUUCGAGUGUGAUGUAUUAUCCAGAUUGUGAUACUUAUGAUGCGCGUUGGAAAUUGGGACCAAAUAAAACUUGUUACAUAACGCACAUUGAGCCCCAGACGUGGUACGAUGCGUAUACAACUUGCCACUUUGCUGGCGGGCACCUCGCUGUCUUGGACACGAGAGAGGAGGCCGAGUACAUCCGAGAUGUUUUCAAACAAGUAGACCAGCACAAGACACCUGGCGACUUCGCUUUCCUGGGUUUCAGCGAUUUAUUUCAAAGAUAUCAUUACCGCACUGUUCUUGAUAGACAAGUGGACUGGGAUUUUAAGUGUCCAGGCAACUAUACAACGUCUGACCUACGUUGUGGCGGUUACAGGCGAAGCGGUUUGCUAGCGACAAGCGAUUGCAAUAUACCAUUCAUGUUCUUUUGUGAAAAACCAGCCAACGGAACCUUCAGAAUUCGAAAAACACUAAGAAAUCUUCCUAAAGCCUAUAGAAAAAGUCAACUUGACUACGAAUAGUUAUUCGUUUGUCGUAAUAAUUGAAAUAAAUUGGCAGGAGUCCAAUAAAUGCACAUUUGAAAAUGUAUAUUUUUCUUUGAUUUUUGUAAGUAAAUAAAUAGCUACUU